GGUAUAGCAGCGAGUAGAGAGAGAGAUAGAGAGAGAUAGAGAACAACGGAGUCGUCGUUCCUCCUCUCCGCCGCCGCGUUGCUAUCGAGUGAGAACAUGGCGGGCGUUGCGCGUGGAGUUUGCGACGCGUCCUCCUCGUCCGCCUCGGCCGCCGCGCUCAGGUCGGCGAGCCCGAAGGCCCGCGGCGAGAUGUGGGCCAACUGGAGCCACGUGUUCGUGUUCGACCGCCGCGGGACGAGCGAAGGUGACGGCAGCGAGAAAGUCCUGGACGUGACCGGAGUAAAGCUCUUCAGGGAGUUCAGGAGUCUCGUGGCGCAGCUCUUCCACAUCGGGAGUGAAGACAGCUUUGUCAUCACAACCACGAGCAGGAAAGAGAUCAAGGAUGACAAGUCCUUUGAGCAGGGCGUGCUGGGCUGCCACGGUGACCUCACGCUCUACGUGCUCUCAUCCGUGGAGCAGGAGCUCCCUGCACAGGCGUGCGAGCGAAUCGACUUUCUACCGCACUACGACACUCUGGUGAAGAGCGGCAUGUACGAGUACUACGCCAGCGAGGGGCAGAACCCACUGCCGUACGCCUUCGCUGAGCUCAUAGACAAUGCGUUGGCGGCGACGGCAGGAAAUUCAGCAAGGGAGAUAGUCGUCCGUCUGCUGUUUGACGAGACGCAGGGCCGGCCGGCCGUGGUGGUAACAGACAACGGUUGCGGCAUGACGCCCCGGCAGCUCAACAACUGGGCCGUCUACCGGCUCUCCAAGUUCACGCGGCACGACCCCGACGCCAGCGAUGGUGGCUCGGGCUACAAGCCCCCGUUGGAGGUGAUGCGCAGCAUCAACAGCGACAUCUCCUGCUUCGGCGUCGGAGGCAAACAAGCCGUCUUUUACAUCGGACACUGCACACGGAUGAUCAGCAAGGCAGCCAGCUCCACGGACGUGCAUGAGCUGUGCCUCUCCAAGGAGGACUUUGAGAGGAAAGAGCGCAGCAAUGAGGCCAUCUACAGCAGCUACAUCCGCAACCGCAUGCCGGGCGACUCAUCCCACGUGAGCGCCGACGAUGACCACUUUCUGCGGAGCCUGAUCGCAGAGGAGAAGGGCAAGCCCAGCUUUACCAACGUGGUGGUGACGGGCAUCGCACUGCCGCACAUCCACUACCUCAAGGCGUCCUUCCACACGUGGACGCGCCAGCUCGCACACAUCUACCACUACUACAUCCAUGGUUCCCGUGGCAAUGAGCUUCCCACUGCCAAGUUGGCUGCCAAGCGCCACGUGGCCUCCAACAUCAACAUCGAGAUUGCUCUGUACGAGCGGCAGCGCGCGCCAAAGGUGGUGAACCUGCGCGAGGUGACGGACGACAUGCAGACGCAGUAUGUCCGCACGGCGUGCGAUACCUUCGAGUUCCGCGCGCGCGAGUCCGGUAACUUGGGAUCCUCCAUCGAGGGUGUGAUCCGCUACCACCCGUUCCUGUACGACCACGAGACGUACCCCAAGGACGUCGCCUUACCCCGCAACGAGCCACUCAUGGACGAGGAGGAUUACGAUGUAUUCAUGCUGAACCCAACUCCACAGAGCAAGCGUCCCAUGUUUGAGUGCUACUGGAACGGGCGGCUCAUCCCCUACACCACAAUCCAGGACUUUGAAUGGUGCGAGCGGCCGAAAAAGUAUGGCUCCGUUCCCCCCGAGUGCUACAACCGCAUCUCGGGCUGCCUCUUCUCCAACGAUCGGCUGCAAGUGAGCACCAACAAGCUGACCUUCAUGGACUUGGCAAUCCGACUCAAGAGCAAGGACACCAUCUUCACACGCCUCGUGAAUGGACAGGAGCAGCGAGCUCGCAUUGAGCGCGAGUUCCUGCAGUGGCUCAGGGAUUGCCAUGAGCGCUACGACAAGCAGGUGAAGUUUUCGGGCUUCUGCAGCACAUUGACACGCUCCGACGUGCCCAAGCGCAUGCAGACGCCCUGGGCCGUGUUCUCGCGCAUUGAGUGGGAUGGACGCCUCUUCAACACCGGCGACCUGGUGAAGACUAUUAAAACACAGCCCAUUUACUACGGUAAAAUCCAGCGCUUCCUACUGUAUGGCGAUCACGAGAAGGACGUGUACGCCACGGGCGGGGAGAUGGAGAUCUCGCAGGAGCCGCGCGAGUUGUACAGUGAGCUGCGGGUCGUGCCGCUGUCUAAGCUCGACCGUACAGCGUCGAUCUCGCAGAUCAAGAAGUGCAUCGAUGACGAAAUGGCAAAGUUUCCAGACAAGUUCCUGGUGACCUGGCCCGAGGGAGGAGAAGUGACCGAGAGUGAUAAGAGACCGGCCGGCACCCCCAUAGGCCCCCUGCGCGUGGAAAUUCUAAACAGGCGCGGUGACCCGAUGCAGAAGCUGCCCGGUGGAGGCCAGACCUCCACUCGCAAGUUGCUGGUGGAACUCAAGAUCCUGUUCCACUCUACGAGCGGAGACAAGGAAAUUGUGUCCCACAUCAGCCAGCACGGAGGCAGCAAGUGGCCUUUCUGGUUUAAGAAAAUGGAGAACCUUAACAAGCGGGGCAAAUACACACUGCGGCUGCAGGUGCUGAACGAGAGCAACGGGAACAUGUUUUCCGGGCACCAACUGCCCUCGGAAGCCAUACACUUCACCGUCACCGAGGCCAAGCCAGACAAGUUCACCGUGGGCUUCCUGGAGUCACCCUUUCUCAUUGGCACCCCGUUCAACAUUCCGCUCGACAUGAAGGACGAGUUUGGCCACGACAGUUGCCCUCCAAUGGGACUCAAGCCCAUCCUGGAGGCAGCGGGCCUUGAGCUGUCUUAUGAUAGCACCGUCAUCAGGGGCACCACCCUCCUGCUCAAGGGCGUCACCGCCAAGGGCACGGUGCACCACUGCCAGGGCAAGAAUUUCAACCUCAAGGUGACGGUGCCCAACCUGAAGGAGAGCACGCAGAUGCUCAAGAUCCGCCUGCUGCCAGGCCCGCCCAGCAUGCUGAGGGUGAAGCCCGAAGCGGAGCUGCUGCUGGUUGAGAACGGUACCGCGUUGCACUUCACGGUGGAUAUCAUGGACAAAGCGGGGAACGUCUCGUCUCUGCCUAAGUUGAUCAUCCAGUGUAAGUUUGAGGGCGCCCCCGGUCUUCCCGUGUACAUGGCGGACUGCAGCAACGCCAGCUCGGCCACUCUCACGGGGCCUCCCAUCCACAUCGCCUCUCUCAAGGAGGAUAAAAUCAUCACGGCCUUCAUUAGCAUACAGAACAACAAAGAAGUUCCGCCGGUGGAGCGCAAAGUGAAGCUGCAGCCCAGCAGCCGCGCCGCCUCCAUCCAGAUCUUCAACCUCGGCAACAACCGCGCCACGCUCAUCCGUCCAGCCGACGAGAUCAACUGGCCUGCGGGCGAACACCUGCGCAAUCUCCUCUACAAGCUGUACGACGAGGGAGACCGCGAGAUCAUGGUCAACGCCACGCUUGUCUCCAAGAUGCGGGUGACGUGGACCCCCAAGGUGAACCGGGAGUUACUCAUGCAGGGCCUUCUGCCGGACGUAAAGGUUCCCACGCUCGCCAGCGAGCCCAAGUACUGCCAGAUCUUCUUCCAGGACGACAACAACACUCUGGAGACCUCCUUCACCAUCAGAGCCAUCCCGGAUGAGCCCAAGAACCUGAGGGUGACGCUGAAAGGCUUACCCAUCAUACAACUGGACGAGAUGCUGAGCGCUGAGAUCCUGGUUGAAGUGACGGAUCAGUUCGGAAACACCGUGAUGUCGUCCGGCUUCGCGACGGCGCUCAAUGUCUCGGCCAAAGGUCUCGACCUUUCGACGCUCAACAUGAGCUGGCAGGAGUGCUCCGGCAGCGUGCUGGUGAAGGGCAUUCGCUUCCAGUUAGGCCCCCUGGGCCCCAGGGAAAUUUUAUUCUCGCUCAAGGACCUUAAAGAACACCUCAUAGUCACCCUCGACGCGGGCCAGCCCGCCACGCUGCAGCUGCUGCCCUGGCACGACACGCAAAAGCCCAUCACUGUGUACAACUGCAGUAGCCUGGAGAAGCCCUUGACGGUUCAGCUGUGCGACAAGUGGGGAAACCCUUGCCAGCAGCCGAACGUCCGUGUGCAGCUCAUCACCCCGCACUCGCUCAAGCUCUCUCCGGCUGCCACCACUCAAAAGACGAACAAGCAGGGGAAGGCCGAGUUUGGGGUCCUCCAAGUGAACGCGCCCUGCGGAGACUUCACGCUGCAGCUGAAGGCCCACGUGGGGAAACAGGUGCUGGAGGGGCCCAAGAUCCUCCUGUCGGUGCUGCCCGAUCCCAACAAAGCCGCGCAGCUCCUGGUGGACUUCAACAAGCUGGUGCAGCACACUGUGGGAGGCAUCCUCACAGACCUCAUGGUGCAAGUUCUGGCUGAGGAUGGGAAGCUGAUGAAGAACGUGACACCCAACAACCUGAGCAUGAAGAUCUGGAAUGCAGACACCAAAGUCUCCCCCAAGUCUCCCUCUAAGAGCAUCACAUUCCAGUGCAACAUGCCCCAAGCGGGAGACAAGGAAGGACAUUUCUACUUCCGGAAUAAAGUUCUGCCGGAGGUCACUGGGAUGUACAACAUUGAGUUCAUAUACACCCACGAGAAGACAAUGCUGAAGGGAAUGCUGGUCACGCUGGAGGUGAAGCCGGGGCCGCCCGAGCGACUGCAGCCGGACGUGACACCGGCCACGCUCACCGUGUCCAACUCGCGCUCGCUCGACAGCCGCACGCUUCUGCGCGCCGUCACGCUGCGGCUCACGGAUCAGUUUGGGAACCCGACCGGUUGCGACUUGGACGGAGAGGUGGAGGUGACCAUCGAGGGGAGUGAGGAGGUGAAGACAGAGGGGGAAGAGAGGCCGCUCUUCAUUGGACAUAAACCCUCGGUCCAAGUCCCACUCACCGCCGGCGUCGCCAAAAUUCAGAGCCUGGUGCUGGCAGAGGACACACCGGGCCACGACAGCGCAAAGUACGUGCUGUGCUUCGAGGUGCGCGGCGAGGCCCUGCCGGAAGAGCCGCCCGUGCAGCCCUACAGACUCCCCUUCAUGUUCUACAACGAUGGCAAGAAGCAGCAGGAAAUGGCGGCGCUGUCGAAGCAACGGGAUCAGCUGUCGAGCAUUGUGGGGAAAAUGCGGAGCAUGCUGGAAAUUAAGGAGAAGCUCGUGAAGGAGCUCAAAGUGGGGCAGAGAGAAGCCGCCACCAAGGAGCAGAAGCUGCGCGCGGAUCUCCGCAAGCAGAAAGUCCCCGACAUGCAGCUCAACACGGUGGAGGUGGUAGAUGAGCUGAUCGGAUCGCUGAAGGAGCGACACGAGCUUCUCGUGCAGCAGCCACGCCGCACGUGCACCCUGCCGCCAUACCCGCGCGUCGACCAGGAAAUCCUGGGCAAGCUGGGCCACUUGGCACUGAUCGAGGACGAGGAGGUGGCGAGGGUUUUGUCGUGGCACAUGAGCGGCGACAUGGACUGCCUGCUCACCCUCACGACGGAGGCCGCCCAGCGGAUCUACGUCGAGACCAACGGGCAGCAACAGCUGCUGCCCCUGAGCUCCAUCUUCAGGAGAAACCUGUCUGCCUGGAACAAGCCGCUACCACACAUGAUCAAUGGCCGUCCGUGGUUCAAUGUGGAGGGGAAUCCUGUGUACGCGCGCCACCUGCUCAUCUUCCCAAAGCACCAGCAGCAAUGCCAGAUCGUGUUCUCACAGCUGCUGGGGGAUGCCAUCAUCCUGGACUCUCUGGACACGGCCAACCGCUACAGGCAGGAGGUCGUCAAGUCGAUGUUCUGCCCGACGCUGCUGACGCGCAAUGGGGAGCGAAUCCGCAGCAACGGCAAGUUUGGCGGUCAGCAGAACCACGCGCCUUUGCUCGCCAAGCUCCGCGGUGCUGUCUUCGGAGCGCCCCUCCCCGCCGAGUGCCAGGAGCUCAGCAGCCAGAUCGGCUACCUGCAGGAGCUACGCUCGGCCAUCGAGCAGCAUAACGAUGUGCAGCGAGAGCUGCGCUCGCAUGUGGACGAGAUGCGGUCGCCGCAGAUGAAGCAGCAGCAGGCGGAGCUGCGUGACUCGGAGCAGAAACUCCGCUCGCUCGAGUAUAAAAUUGGGAUGACCCCACAACGGCCUGGACUAAAAGCCGGCAUGCCCGUGACCCUUGACCACCGGGGCUCAUACAUAUCCACUGGUGGUAAUGGCUUGGACUUGGCGACUCCCUCGACCCCUCUGACCCACAGACGUGGCCGACGGGAACCCGCCCGGCGCAGUGGGAGUGACAAUGGAACAAGCAGCAGCCCCGAUACCCCCAUCAGGAGCAAGCGCCGCAAGCUGUGACGGCCUUCGCCAGUCGAAAAUUUCGUCUGGGACAUUUAAGAACAUUGUGGUGGCAUUGUGGGUAAUGCAACACCCAUGCCGCCCCCACAGCAAGAAAGGGGGCGGCAGAAGCUGGAAGGCGCUGGUAUAACCAACUCUUCACCCCCCCCCCCCCCCCCAUCUGAUUUAAAGGGGUCACUCAUGUUGGCCUAUGGCCCACAGACGAGGCUGCAUUGGGACACACUGGGAUGAGCGCGGCUACGUGCCCCAACCAAGCAUUACCGGAGUGCGUUUAAAUUUGUGAAGAAUGUGCCGCGUAGGUUCGAAAAACGAAAGCUUGGAUGUUGCUUGCUGUUCCUGACCCUGUUGGUUUGUCCCGACGAUCAUCGAUCCUGCCUGUGCACGCCUGUCGUUGCGAAAGUGCGAAGACAGGAAUUCACCUUUAUUGGGAAGAUUUGUCGCCGUUUUGGAGGUAAGCUCGUGCCAGGCGUGGUUGGGCCCCUGAGCACUUCAAAAGGUGGUCACGCAGAGAAAUGCGUGUGCAUUAGAUUCUGAAUCUGACUGGCCUAAUGAAGCGGGCCUUGUAGCGAGCAGUACAGGUGAGUAGGUCACUGACCUACCUGUAUCAAUCUUCGAUUAUUUUCUGGUAUGCACAUGAUCGUUUCUGGUUGCGCUUUCACCACACACACUCUGAGAAUUUGGCGAACGUGCGGUCAUAGUUCUCUCCUGAAAGGACUCUAGUUCUUGUUGUGUUUUUUAAACGAAGGAGCGCGCCACCGCAAGUGGGGACGGUCACAUAUUAUCUAUCGUCAGUCAGGCCGGUCGAUGGAGUCUGAUUUUGAAACUAGAAACGGUGAGAGAUUUGGAAACGAAACAGGAUUCAUGAUUUUUAAUUCUUCUAAGAACGAAUGGAUGGAUAUGAGGAAAACUGGGAGUAAAUAAGCCUUGCUGAACAAAUGUUAAUCUUCAGUCAAGGUCAGUGUUUACAGUUUUAGGUGUCCUAUUUAAUUUAUCAUAGCUAUAGUUUCACGUUGCUUGUCCGUGUAGCACGGUUGGCUACGUACGUGGGAAAGAAAUUCAACAUACACAUGUACGUUGCUAUCGCUGUUGAUACCAGCUUUGUAUUAGAUUUGACGUUACGUCCGUGCUGUCGCUCGCGGGGAAAUUAUCCCACAGCUCUGUGUGUACUGAGCUGUUCUGCAUUGCCUACACAUGCAAAGGCAGCAGCUUCUUUUCCAACCACAUUGUCCAACUUUUCCCAGUCUCUUCUGUAAGUAAUGAAUAUAUCUCAAUUACAAAACCGUUCGUGAAAAAGGAAAAAUGAAUCCUUCCAUCAAAAUGCUAAGAUUUACAACUUUGGGCGUUACUCUGCGUCACUCGCGUGCAUCGUCCAUUGACGGACGUCAUUUGGUUCGGGGUGGUCACGUGACAGGCUGAAAUGCGGAACUGUGUAUUAGUUUGGGUCACUGUGAUUGAUUAAAGUUGGUGACCAUCAUCUCUUCAUUGGCAUACUGCAUCUGUUGUUUCCCAAGCACACCCUCCUGGUGGAAUUCGACACGUGGCAACAGUUACUUUGAUACAUGCCCAAUAGUGGACAUUAAUUGGGGAAACCGAUCAAGAAACUGCAAAAUCAAUUUUGCUGGCCACUCUUGUGACAUGGAAAGCUAUGACGAAGCUGCUCGUGGUUAAAUGGUCGGCACACUUGACUUGUAAUCCAGGGGUUGCCGGUUCGAUCAUCCCAAUGCGGCUGUUAUUUAAAAGAUUGAGUGGUUUGUUUUUUAAAUCCCCCCCCCCCUCCCGCCCCCAUCGUGUCUGUCAACCCAUCCCUACGAAUGGGUGGGGUGAAAUGUGGGUGCUCUCACCUCCUCCGCGAACGAACGUCUCCAGGGUGGGAUAGUCAAAUGCCUCCUGGAGGAGUUCCCUAGAAGCUCCCUGUAAUGGAGGCCCUUCAAACAUCUAGGAAUGCGGUCAAUUGAGUGCAAUCGGCAGCACAAACGCGGAGCAAGUCGUUAUUAACGUGCACCUUGAAUGUCACUGUGCAGUUUGCAUCUACCGUUCCAAAUUAGAGGAAAAAAAGUUCUGACAAAGGUAAAAAAAAUGUAAACUUUAAAUAUGUUGAAUUAUAUUGUGUACAGGUCAUUUAUAUUGCUGUAUGUAUAAUACCAUUUAAGAGGAAGGCUUCAAAACUAAUGAUAGUAUUGUAGGCCACUGCAGAUGGCAAUUGUGAAACAUUGUACAUUUAUUUUACUGAACGUUUGUUACUUGCCUAAAAACGCAUAUUUGCCAUAGGCCCAUUUUGCAAACAACUAAAUAAACAGGUGUUUUUACUUU